GCCUUGCACACACACGAACACAGCCGAUCAGCCGCAGCAGAUCUGAUCAUGGCGGAAUGUGAACGAGUUGACAGGAGUAAUCAAGGCAUGGAUAAAAGCAUUACGCUGCCACCCGAUGAAAUCUUUCGGAAUUUGGAAAAUGCAAAGAGGUUUGCAAUAGACAUAGGUGGGUCGCUGACCAAGCUGGCGUAUUACUCCACGGUUCAACAUAAAGUAGCAAAGGUUCGCUCAUUCGACCACAAGGUAAAGGAAGCAGACGGAGACCCUCUCUAUGAGAUCUCAGUGCAGGAGGAGAUCACGGCUCGACUUCACUUCAUCAAGUUUGAGAAUGCCUACAUUGAAACCUGCCUGGACUUCAUCAAAGACCACCUGGUUAACACAGACACCAAGGUGAUCAAGGCGACAGGUGGAGGGGCACACAAGUUCAAAGACCUCAUCGAGAAAAAGCUGAAGCUCAAAGUGAACAAGGAAGAUGAGAUGACGUGCCUCAUCAAGGGCUGUAACUUUGUCCUGAGGAACAUCCCUCACGAGGCCUUUGUAUACGCCAAACACGCUGACUCAGAGUUCCGCUUCCAGAACUCCAACCCGGACAUCUUCCCAUACCUGCUCGUCAACAUCGGUUCUGGGGUGUCCAUCGUCAAGGUUGAGUCUGAGGAUAAGUUUGAGCGUAUAGGAGGAAGCUCUAUAGGUGGCGGAACCUUCUGGGGCCUGGGAGCUCUUCUCACCAAAACAAAGAGAUUUGAUGAGCUGCUUCAGUUGGCCUCCAGGGGGCAGCACACCAAUGUUGACAUGCUGGUCAAAGACAUCUAUGGAGGAUCCUAUGGCUCUCUGGGCAUGACUGGAGACCUUAUAGCCAGCAGCUUUGGAAAGUCUGCCACUGCUAAUAAAGAGUUCUCUAAAGAGGACAUGGCCAAGAGCCUCCUGCACAUGAUCAGCAAUGACAUAGGGCAGCUGGCCUGCCUGUACGCCAAGCUGCACAAACUGACCAGGGUCUACUUUGGAGGCUUCUUCAUCCGGGGCCACCCUGUCACCAUGCACACCAUCACCUACAGCAUCAACUUCUUCACCAAGGGUGAAGUCCAGGCUCUGUUCCUCAGGCACGAGGGCUACCUGGGAGCCAUUGGGGCCUUUCUUAAAGGAGCAGAGGAGGACAGUGUGUGCUCCUUGGCCGCUGCAGAUCCCAACCUGUACAGCUGGGGGGAGAACUACGCCGGCAGCUCCGGGCUGAUGAGCGUGUCUCCCGACCUCAACCCCAUGCAGAGGGCCCGCAGCGGAACGUUUGAUAUGUUGGAGAUGGACCGUCUGGAGCGACAGCUGGUGAACCUGCCCCUGCUGCAGGAUGCGUCCUCCUACAUCCCCGACACGGUGGACCUGACGGAGGACGCCCUGGCCAGGGACUACUGGCUCUACUGCUUCCAGGAGGCCCUGGACGGGGUGGUGAAGAGGGCUGUGGCCAGCCAGCCAGACCUCCCCGAGGUCUCGGAGCGGGCGGAGAAGUUCCGUCAAAAGUACUGUCACAAGCUCCAGACCCUGCGACACCAGCCCUUUGCUUAUGGAUCCCUCACUGUCAGAAGUCUAUUAGACACAAGAGAACACUGUUUAAACGAGUUCAACUUUCCCGACCCCUACUCUAAGAUUAAGCAGAGGGAGAAUGACAUGGCCCUCAAGUACUACCAGAAGGCUGUGAGUUCCCUGGAGCAGCUGAGCUGGGAGCAGAGGCAGUUUGCCCUGGUCCGGGGCCUGCUGGCGGGGAACGUAUUCGACUGGGGGGCCAAGGCUGUGUCUGACGUUCUGGAAUCCGAUCCAGAGUUUGGCUUUGAGCAGGCAAAGCGACAGUUGGAAGAACGUCCUUGGCUCGUUGAUGCUUUUGACCAAUGGCUGGAGAGACUGAAGGGUCCUCCUCACAAGUGUGCCUUGUUUUUCGUAGAUAAUAGUGGGAUAGACAUCAUUCUGGGGGUGUUCCCCUUUGUCAGAGAGCUCCUCUCUCGAGGAACAGAGGUUGUACUUGCCAGCAACUCUGCUCCAGCUCUGAAUGAUGUGACCAAUGGUGAACUGCAGAUUCUGACUGAGAGGAUUGCUGCCAUGGACCCUGUCAUUCAGACUGCCGUCAAGGAGGACAAGCUUGUCUUGGUCCAGAGUGGCUCCAGCUCUCCCUGUCUAGACUUGAGUCGUCUGGACAAGGUCCUGGCCAUGGUUGUGCGCGAGCGCCACACCGACCUGGUGAUCAUCGAGGGGAUGGGCCGCGCCAUCCACACCAACUACUACGCCUCGCUCAGCUGCGAGAGCCUCAAGAUGGCCGUCCUCAAGAACUCGUGGCUGGCCGACCGGCUGGGGGGCAAGCUCUUCAGCGUGGUGUUCAAGUACGAGGUGCCCCUGAAACCUCACCAGGAGUCGGCGGCGCUGACGCCGUCAUGAGCUCCCCAGGACUCCUCCGGGCUGAUGGGUUCCACAGACACAACUGUAGGAGUGUACAUGACAUGCACCAUACAUGCUGUAUCUAUAGGAGCUGCUAUAGGAGUGUAUCUGUAGGAGCAGGUAUGGACACCUGUGUUAGAUGUACUCUACAUCUAUCGCAGCUUCACAUAGUUGUAUACAUCCAUAGGAGUUACUUGUAGGCGGUUACAUCUAUUUGGGCCCAACUGGAGGAGUACAAGUCUAGAGGAGUACGAGGCGAGUACGAUAUGUCUACGUAUCUUGGGGAAUAACCCAAACCAAAAAAACAAAAGUCUAGAGGAGCUACAUUUAGACACAUCUAUAAUUGUGUCUAGGAGCAGGCUGGAGGAGUCCUGCUGGUGUUUAUGAUUGGAUGAAAUCACGACUUACCUGAUGAAUGGUACUGGCUCAGGCAUUAUCAACAACCAAUGACAAUGGACCUGCGGAGGGAUUUAAUACAGGAAAUGUUUCUUUAUAUCAAACUGUACUCAUUGUUUUGUGUUUUAUUCUGGUUUCACUAGAGCCUAUACACAGUUAGCCGUUAGUGGUUGCUGGAGGUGCGCGUGUGUGUGGGUGCAUGUGUGUCUGCGUGCGUGCAUGCGUGCCAGCUCGAAAGAGGGACAGACAGUUCAUGGAAACAAAACCCGUAAUCAGCGAGUACCCCGUCGUCACGCGUCAGCAUCCCAGCGGUUCCCAUGGCAACGCUGCUCUGCCACAGUGGGUGGGUGGGUGUGGGACUUUAGGGUGGUGGUGGGGGAUCUCACUUGAAUGUUAUGAUACCAGGGUAAUUAUCAAUUUCACUGGCUAAACUGUUUUUCUUUCUUCUUUUUUUUUUUUUUUUUUCCCUUCACAAAAUGCGUUUAACGUGCCUUCAGGUUGUUGUCGUGAUCAAUGCAAGCGUGACUCACACAAAAUGUCACCAUUUAGGUCCUCCAUUUAAUGGAGAAAUACAAGCACACUGGGAUUGUGUACUUUAUUCAAGUGUCAUUAGGAGUCUACCAAUGAGCCUCAUUAGGCUGCUUGGUCUGGUGCUGCCCAGUCAGGUAGAAUAGCUGGGAAAUGGAGGAUCUGGAGGUCAAGACCAGAAGUAUUCAUACCAUUAUCAGGGAAUUUGUUUUUAGCAAAGUAAAUUAGAGUUCCAGAAGGUGGCAGUGUUUUACUUAUAUUUUCUGCAACCAGUACUUCAUUCACUGUUUGCUUGACCUUUUAGGGGUGGUCCGAAUCAAGACUGUGAAUAUAACAUCUAAUAUUAAACUGUUGAUCUGUACUUUUAAAAACAUUUUCUUUAAGCAAACUUGACUCACUAUAAUCAGUAAUGGAUUUCCAAGUAAUAGUAUUAAUGGUCAAAUGUAAAAGGGAGACAAGGUAAUGAGAUGAGGAGGGGAUAAGGUAUGAAGGUGAGAAGUUCCAUCCUUAAAAAAAAAAAAAACAUUUCACAAAAGUAAUGACACACACCGAUUGACGUGCAACUGAGAAAUGUGCCAUUGGAGGAGUGUGAAAUGAUCAGUGGUACAUGUUAGCCUUCACAGUGUACUCUCCUGGGCAAUGACUUACUUUGCUGUCUUAAGUCAAGGUUGUUUUUAAGUUGCUAUAUGUUUCCAAAGCUUAGCCUGAUUUGUAGACUCAAUUUGUGAUAUUAUGUAUUAUCAUUUGUACAUACGUGUGAUAUAAAAGUGUAAAUAUAAUUCAUUUGCAUUACUUAGUGUAAGAGCUCAUGGUGCAAGUUUUAGUAGGGAAUGUAUGCUAUUCUCCUGACAAUCACUUUAAAUUAAAUGGUGACUAUAUUUUA